GUUUGACUGGUGGGUUCGUAAGCGCACUACAGUGGGUCGGCUAGUAAUGGUACGGACUAACUUUAGUUUAGGAUCGUAUUGCUACGUACGAUAAAUAUCGGUACGAACUCAUCAUUUUCGACUGGUAAUUUGUUCUAUUCUUCGCGAACCUGUAGUCGUUCUUGGAACCGUUUCGUUAGUGCGAGUGUUUUCUCCUCACAACUGACCUGAUCUUUAUAAUUGAGAAUCCGAAGCAUUGGUGAAGUGUAAUGCAAAUCGACAUCGAUUAUGUUACCGUUGCGACCACGAUACUCGGCGGGGUCAUCAUCGGUCUGUUGGUAUUCCAUUUUAAACGAUGGCGCAUGUAUGAACUGUCCGCGAAAUUCGACGGUCCUACAUGUAUACCAUUUUUAGGGAAUGCUCUGCUUUUCCUCAGGCACCCCACAGACGUACUAAAAGUAUUAGAAAAGCUCCUAACUGUAUAUCCGAAUUCACCGCUGCGAUUAUGGCUCGGACCACAGUUGGUGGUGGCUAGCUUCGAAGCAGAGCAGAUAAAGCACGUAUUAUCCGAUGCAAGAUUGAUCGAGAAGUCGACGGCCUUCGAGAUGUUUCAAAUUGGUCUAGGAAAUGGUUUGCUAACUGCUCCCGCGAAGAUAUGGCAAGUGAAUCGAAAGCUCAUGGAACCGACUUUCAGUAGGAUGUUUGUCGCUGCAUCGGUCAAGAAAUUUGCUCAACACUCGAAAACUUUGGUGAAAAAUAUGGAGAAGGAAUUGGAUGGGAGCGAAUUUCCAAUCGCUGAAUAUAUUUUGGACAGCGCUAUCGAUAUCAUAUUCGAUUCCACGAUGGGCUCGACCAUAGCGGAAUUAGGCGAUGUCAAUCGAAGAUUUCAAGAAAUCACCCGAAAGAUAACCGAACUCGUAUACAUGCGACUUUUCAAACCUUGGUUUUAUUGGAAUGUAAUAUUCUAUCGAUCGGCGCUUGGCAAAGACUUGCUGUCGUACAAAGCAGCUUUUUCAAGAAUAUGUGAGAAGGCGAUAGAACGGAGAAAAAAACUCGUUCUCGAUGAAACGCGUGAAAAGCCGGAAGAAAACUUGUAUAAUAAUAACGACGGCACGGAGUUCGAAAAAAUAUGUCUCCUAGACCAUUUCAUUAAUUUUUCAGUCGCAAACAAAAUAGACAAAUUUUCAGCGCGGGACUUACACGACGAACUGACAACCUUCAUUAUAGCUGGAUAUGAAACGACGGGUUUUGCAAUGUCGAGUGUACUUUUCUUGCUGUCGAACUUCCCGGAUAUCCAGGAGAAAGUCUACAACGAGCUUUAUGAAAUUUAUGGAAGCGACGACCUUGACGAACGCGAGGUCAAGUACGAAGACUUGUCACGAAUGGUGUAUUUGGAACGUGUCAUCAAAGAAUCGUUGCGCUUAUUCCCACCCGCACCUUAUCAAACUCGUUUCGUAACCGAAGACACGAAAAUGGAUGGACAUAUUUUGCCGAAGGGAUGUAUUUGGGUUGCCUGUACCUUCAAUCUUCACAGAAAUGCAAAGUAUUGGGAAAAUCCGUUGGAAUUCAACCCGGAUAGAUUCCUUCCCGGAGAAAUUGCAAAACGUCGGUCGCACUGUUGGAAUCCGUUUGGUGUGGGACCGCGAAAUUGUAUCGGUAAGAGAUACGGCAUGAUGAAAAUGAAGACGGUCCUAGCGACGGUUCUCCGGAAAUAUAUCGUCAAGAAAGACACAUUCGUGCCAAUCAGCGAGAUCGAACUCAAACUAGACAUCGUCUUGAACACUGUACUCCCAUUCAAGUUGCGAAUAGAGAAACGAGUACCGAAGGAUCCAGCCGGCAGUUGAUUCGAAAACAUUAUUGUAGCCGGUGAAAUCCUGUAUCGUUAUAAUCUUCAAUAUUUUGAAACCAAGUUAUAUUAUUUGAAUCAUCAAUAAAUCGCACAGCGAUUAAAGAAAAGCUCGUCAUCAAGCA